GAUGCUUUGCCUUAUUUUUCAAUCGUACAAAUAAUCCGGAACUCCUCUAUUUUUUUUUUCCUGCCACUUACUUUUAUAACAGCAGCAUCGACGAAAGAGGCCGCUCCAAUGUCCGCCCAAGCUCAAAUGAGAGCUUUGCUCGACCAGCUGAUGGGGACGGCGAGGGACGGUUCAGUGUAUCUUUGCCAGCCUACAUCAAUCUGCAAAGGAGUUGCAGAAAAGCCUCAUGUUCAUCGAGCCGGGACGAGACGCGGCAGAGGGUCAAGUACUCGGACGAGCGAGUCUGCAAAAGUCAUCUUCUCGACUGCUGUCCGCACGACAUCCUGUCUGGAACCCGCAUGGACCUGGGAGAGUGCACCAAGAUCCACGACCUGGCACUCCGAGCAGACUAUGAAAUUGCCUCCAAGGAGAGAGACCUGUUUUUUGAGCUCGACGCGGUCGAUCACUUGGAGUCAUUCAUCGCCGACUGCGACCGCAGGACGGAACUGGCCAAGAAGCGCUUGGCGGAGACUCAAGAAGAGAUCAGUGCCGAAGUGGCGGCCAAGGCGGAGAAGGUGCACGAGCUGAACGAGGAAAUCGGGAAGCUCCUGGCCAAAGCUGAGCAACUCGGAGCUGAGGGAAAUGUGGAGGAAUCCCAAAAGGUUCUGCAGGAAGUGGAGAAGGUCCGCAGCAGGAAGAAGGAUGCGGAGGAGGAAUACAGAAACUCCAUGCCGGCCUCCAGUUUCCAGCAGCAGAAACUGCGCGUUUGCGAGGUGUGCUCCGCUUACCUGGGUCUCCACGACAACGACCGCCGUUUGGCCGACCACUUCGGAGGCAAACUCCACCUGGGCUUCAUCCAGAUCAGAGAGAAGCUGGACCAACUAAAAAAAACGGUUGUGGACAAGCAGGAGAAACGCAACCAGGAGCGCCUCAAGAGACGGGAAGAAAGGGAGAAGGAGGAAAAGAUGAAAAAACGAACAAGAUCCCGAAGCAGAGAGCGUAAAAGGUCUCGUUCUCGUGACCGAAGGAGGCGCCGCUCUCGCUCCUCGUCACGAGACAAGCGCCGCUCGCGCUCCCGAUCCAGAGACAGGAAGAGACGACAGAGGUCCCGCUCCCGAAGCCGAGGCCACCGUCACAGCCACGAGCAGAGCUCCAGACACAAGUCAUCCAGAGACCGCGAGCGCUCGUCCAGAGACGAGUCGCAGGGGCGCGAGCGGCGAGACGGCGUCAACGGCAGGUCGGACUCUCGCAGGGCAGACGACAGAGAAGACCCGUGAAGGCCAACGUCCGUCCCACACGACGGUCACCAUCUUGUUCCACAUAGUCCUCCAUAAACCUCCUUGCUUUUCCUUCCUUUGACUUUAAUGAGACCCAAAUCUGAUUCAGUCGUUAUGAAUCGACAGAAUUUCAAGCCAACUUUCAUCCUCGGUGAUUUGGUGGCCUUUCUUUAUCAAAUAAACAGACCAUACAUUUGUGAAUAUUCUUUUAUUAAGUUUCUUUUACUAUACAGACUUUGGAGUAUGUCUGGAAUUAGUUUUGGUUUCCUGUUCUUGGUUUGAUCAGUGCCCUUCCAAAGUCUUAGGAACCCUCAUGCAGAAUUUGCGAGUGUUAAUUCUUCAAGUCCCUCCACAUGUCCACCAUGUUUUCUCGUCCAACCUAUUUUAUUUUUUAUUUUUUCCCCCCUUCUCCGCGGCCAGUAUGUAGUGAAGGUAAAAUGAAAUGUGAAGUCUAGUAGAAAAAAAAGUUGGAAAUGUUUGCGUUGCGUUAUCUAUCAUGUUUUGUUGAUUGAGUGAAAAAAAAAAAAAAAAAAAAGCAUAUAAAUGUUCACCAUUUAAAGAAAAUUCAUUUGAGUUAGUUUUGGCAAUUGAAAAGUUGUACAAUGCCAUUAAAAAAUAAAAAAUACAUGAUGACCUGAA